AUGCUUUGCUAUAUUAUUCUCUUAGGAUUAGAAUUGGUGCUCGGUUAAUAUUUAUAGACGCCCGCAUUCUUCAAUUUCAACGAACACAUUUCAACAUUUAUAACCUCAAAAAAUGAAUCAGAUUUGUCAAGUACUCACAAUUGUCUGAUUGUUCCAUGCACUGUGGUUACAAGACAAUAAAAUUGUAUGGUGAUAACUAAACUCACCUAUGGAGGAGAUUGUUUCACCAAACAAAUCCAAUCUAGUCUAAAUUUCACAUCGGUAGACGAUGUAGUAACUUUGGAAUUCGCUUAUUUGGCUGUCCAUCAUCCUUAAUCUGAAAAACCGUAUACAGGAAUUGUGGUAGGUUGGACCAAUGAUGUCGAUGAAUUUUAUUGGAUUGGAGCAGAAGACAAAACCUUGAUAACCUCUGGUGUAAAUUAAACAAAUGAAUACGCUUAAUUUGUUACAAUAAAUAGUCUCGCUGAGAACACCUGGACAAAGGUCAGGGUUCACAUAAAACCAAAUUCAACAAAACCAUUUAGAAUAGUCUUUGAGGCCUACUCUGAUGCUACUGAUUAUGCAGGUCAAUUUUUGAUUACCAACAUUUCGAUAUUUGACAGGGGAAUUUGUUCUCCAGGAUGCAACAGUUGCUUAUCCUAUUUUGAAUGUACAUCAUGUGAAGUAGGAAGACUCUAUCGAGGUGCCUGCAUAUCUGAUUUCUGUUACUUCGAUGCAGGCAGCAUCACAGCUAAUAAAAUCUCAGUAGGGUGGGUUUCAGAAUCGAAUUCUUUAUAUGGUAUAGUUUUGAAGAAUGUUAAAAUAAAGGAAUGCCACAUGGUAAAAUUCAUUAUGAACAAAGCCAACAAUGACUACGUAGAUUCAUCAAAUCCGUCAUUGGCUCUAUAUUAAUAUGGAUUCAAAAUUUCAGAAUCUACUUUAACUACUGCUGGUUGUCAAUAUUCACUUAAACUACCACUCUCUUAAUAGGCAGGAUAUUCAUGUCUAUUUGAAUUCUAUUUGCUCUUGAACAACACAUCAGUUGACUUAGUCAAUUUAACAUGGACUUAGGAAUUCUAUUAUCCCAAUGAGAGUUCUAUCUUAAUUGCAAAAGACAUUACCUCAGAUUAAGUGUAAUUUGGAGUCUUGACUUCUGAAAUCAAUCUAGGGGAAGCCUCUACAAAAGUGGAGGGCAAGGUUCUGUUAUGUUAGAGUUCCACUUGUAGGUCAUUCUAUGAUGAACCUCAAGUAUUGUAUUUAAAUGAUCCCUUUUAUAUCUUGGUGAUGCUUGACAAUAAAUACAUAGAUUUUGGAGCAGAUUUCAAAUUUUAGUUAGUGAGUGCUAUGGCUCUAGGUAAUGGAACUUCAAUCAAUUUGAAAUCUUAAGGUGUAAGUGAAAAAAAUCAGACUGCUACUAUUUAUACUUUCUAAGUGCCUUUUGCAGUGUAGAAUUGUACAAUUUCAAUCACUGCCUAAUUGGUUGAGAGAGAUUUAGACGACAACUAUCCAGCUGAUUCUAGGAGAAGAUUAUUAUUAAGAAGGCUAUUAUAGACAACGGAUUAGACAGCUUCAAAUGCUAAUUCAGGAUACUUGGUAUCAGGUACGAUUAAGGUUGAAAGUAUUGAGAUAUUGCCUUAUUGGAAGGUCUAUCCAAAGGAUGCUCCUUAUAUUAUAAUAGGAGUUUCUGGCGGUCUGGUUGUGACUGCAAUACUCCUUUAUUGUUUUUGUCUGACAUUCAUUAAGAAGGUACCAUAUAAUGGACCAAAAUCAUAAGGAAUCAAUAUUUUGACUUUGGUUGAAGACGAAGAUGAAAAGAAAAGGAUCAAAAAUAUGUUUAAGGUCAACGAGAAUCCAAUUAGUUGA